CGGUCUCCAUGAGCAGGAACAUGAAACAACUUCUCAGUUUCAUUCAAAAGAACACUUUUAAAACAAGAGCAUUCUACACUCAAGAGGCGUCCGAAGAGAAGCUUGCUAGGGGGCAGAUGAAUUGUAGAAGCAGUGACCUCCGUGAAGGACGUGUGUUCUCAGGAAUUCAGCCCACUGGGAUUCCUCACCUGGGAAACUACCUCGGUGCUCUGGAGAGCUGGGUGGCCAUUCAGAAUGACUACAGCUCAGUGUUGUACAGCAUCGUCGAUCUGCACUCCAUCACCCAGCCUCAGAAACCAGAGUUACUACAGAACAACGUCCUGGACAUGGCAGCCAGCCUGUUGGCCUGUGGCAUUGACCCCACACGCUCCAUCCUUUUCCAGCAGUCUGUGGUUUCGGAGCAUGCUGAGCUCUCCUGGAUCCUGGGCUGUCUGACCAGCAUGCCUCGCCUUCGCCACUUACCUCAGUGGAAGAUGAAGAGUAAGGAGAAGAGUGAAGGAAGUGUGGGUCUGUAUACCUAUCCAGUGUUGCAGGCUGCAGACAUAUUACUCUACAAAUCCACGUAUGUGCCGGUAGGAGAGGAUCAGAUCCAACAUUUAGAAUUAGCCCAAGACCUAGCACGCAUCUUCAACAACAAUUAUGGAGAGCUUUUUCCUGAGCCUCGUGCACUACUUAGUUCUACACAGAAGGUGAAAUCUUUAAGAGAUCCUACCUCUAAGAUGUCCAAGUCAGAUCCACAAAAAUUAGCCACCAUAUUCCUUACCGACACCCCGGAAGACAUAGUAUUUAAAAUCCGCCGAGCUGUGACCGAUUUCACAUCCGAGGUCACCUUCGACCCUGUGAGCCGGCCAGGUGUAGCCAAUCUGGUUUCCAUCCAUGCUGCAGUCUCAGGCCAGACUGUGGAGGACGUGGUCAGGUUAGCCAAAGGGCUGGACACUGGCAGGUACAAGACUGUGGUGGCAGAAGCUGUGGUGCAAAGACUAGAGCCCAUCAGGCAGGAGAUCCAAAGACUCAAGGCUGACAGGAGCCACCUGGAGAGUGUGUUAACCAAGGGAGCGGAGAAAGCCCGCAGUCUGGCUGCCCCAGUGAUGCAGGAGGUCAGGAAACGGGUGGGCUUCUCCUAAUCGUCAGAUGGCAUAGCCUGUUGCAGGUGGUAUACAGUAUACAAUACAGUGCAAAUAAGAUUUUAUAGAUGAUAAAUUGUUAUAAUGUUUGAGUGUUGACACUUGUAUAUUUUGAAAUGUUAUGUACUGUAUGUUUUGAUUUUUCCACUUAUUUUGGUUCAUGCUCCUCUUUUAUGUACAUGUUCAUGAAUAAGAUGCAUAGCUGUCCACUCAGAAAUAUUGCAGUGUCUUUAUAAUCACACAGAAGGAAAUGGAACAAGUUCAAUAAGUCCACAAUGUGUGUAUCUGUAAGUACGUCUGUUUAAGAACAGGUGAUGUUGGACAGACAAUAUAAUGCAAUUAAAAUGACAUCAAACAA